AGGCCCGACUGCAGUGACUCUGAGGACCCCCUAUAGGGGCCCCGGACCCCCUGUUGAAGAUCUCUGCUCUAAAUGAUGUGCUAAUUAUGAACAAUAAUCCUAUACUAACAUACAGUUGGCUAUCAUUAGGCCUUUUAUAAAGAACAUGUAUUUUUGUAGAUUAAAAUCUUUUUUUGUGUUUUAUAUUAAAUGCACAUUCAGCAGAUAUUUAAAUAAGUCUUUCUGCAUCUUUAACUUGCAAAAAAAAAAAAAAAAAAUCAGGCCUUAUGCCAAUUACAAUGCAUCCUGCAGUAAAAACUUUUAUUCCAGUUUGUGUUUUAGUCUUUUAUCAACGAACAACAUGAAUAAAUUUAUUAUGCGUUGUGGUGUAGGCGUUCACCCGCCACCUCCCACUCCCCACAAAUCUACUCGGCCGGCACAAACUGCAAAGCCACUCUAGUCACCUUGAAAUUUCCUCUGCUAUUUUCCAAUUAAAAGCUUAAUAGCCCUGGAGACGGGCUUCAUGUGGGGAAGUUUACCGUGCUCUUAUUCUCUGUAAGCCGCGCAAGGCUCGGAUCCCAUUAUUUGCUUGAAUAAACCUUUUUUACGGUCAGAAAUGGGCCCCGGCUUUGUCCGGUGUUAUGUUUCAAUGCCCUCUAUUAGUCCAGCAGAAGGGACAUAUCAGCAUCCUCGACAUAGUUCCCAAAGGGCUUUUAUACAUGUAGAGACCUAAUCAUCUAAGUUAUGUACGAUUGUGUAAAAGGUACAGAAGCUGCGAGCACUUUGUCCAAAUUAAGUCUUCUUAGCCUGUGGGCCUGCAGGCAACAGGGAGGGGAAAUAUACACUAAAGUCAUGACUUUUAAAAUCAAAAUAUAUGAGAUUUUUGAAUGCCUUAUGCUUAUGUUAAUUCCUCAAAAUUGAACAUAUGUAUCUGAAGAGACCUGAUUUUUGACAGCUGGGAUGUCACAUUAUUCUCAUUUGAGUGUAACAAUUGACUUGUUGGACUUAAAAAUAAGUGUAAAGCUUUAGUCAAAUUAUUUAUGAUGCUGUUUUCAGUCUAAAAGGCAUGUUUGUUUUCAUGUUGAAUUGUUAAAAUAUGAAUUUUAUGUGUCAUAUUCUUUUCUAAAUCUACAAAUCGGUGCCAACAGAAAAGGCACAGACUUGUGCAUGUAGUCUUUUAAAGUCUUAUAAAUGUUUAAUUGGUUGUUUGCUUUAUGCAGGGACUUGUUUUUUCCCCUCAGUGUAGACAGCUGGGAUGUCACAUUUGAUAUUCAGCUGACUUAUGGCUACACAUAUUUUACAGUAGGUAUGUAUGCUACUAUGAGUUUAAAUGUCAUGUUUUUUCCCACCUUUACUUCUUUUAAGAAACAGUUGGCUGCCAAUAGAAAAGACACUCACUUAUGCGGGUUGUCUUUUAAACUUUAUCUUUACCAUAAAUGUUUCAUGAUUGUUGGGGGUGGCUGUGGUUCAGAGGUACUGUAGAGUGGGUCGGCCCUCAACCACAAGAUUGUAUAAGAUCAGUAUACUGUAAAUGUCAUGUUUUUGUCAUGUUAACUUAACUGUUAUAUAGGCUCAGUUGAGUUUGGAUAUAGAUUUAUAAGCUUACACAUAUCUUUUUUAGAUAUUUUCCCAAGGGGGUACAUGAAUUGUCCUGCAGUUUGACCUUUUUCUGGACCUAUUCUGCAGCUUCCUUGAUAAAGCUUUAAGGAGUCUCAACUUUUCAUCAAGUCUUUAAAUACACGGAGGGGAUGUUUGAUUCUGCAACCCAGUAUGUUUGUAGUCUUCUUAAAUUUUGACAGAAAGUUAUUGUCCCGUGUUUUAAGGAAACUCUACAAACGUGUGAACCUUGCAGGGAAACAUUAUCUGAUCCUCACUGGCAGGUUUUUUUUUCUUUCUUUUUUCUCCUCUCAGCCUCACAUGGACAUUUUUUGCAGCGUGCUUUGACGCAAGUGACAGCGUUUGGUUACUCGUCUCCAUAAGUGCGUGUCAGCCCUGAUGCAUAUCUGUGCUGUCAGCCGGGGGGGAAAGGUGGAUCCUCCACAACAAGCCAACACCUCUUAUCCUCAGCCUGUCAUGCGUGUGGCAGAGCUGCUCCAUCCAGCUCCAUCUCCAACAACACCACUCCCGCCCCGCCUCGCCUCUUCGCAGAUGCACUUGCACGUCCUGGAAAUCACGCUGACAGAAUGAAUGGCUACGGGUCUCCCUACCUGUACAUGGGGGCUCCGGUGUCUCAGCCCCGGGCCCCGCUGCAGAGGACCCCCAAGUGCGCGCGCUGCCGGAACCACGGCGUGCUGUCGUGGCUCAAAGGUCACAAGCGCUACUGCCGCUUCAAGGACUGCACCUGCGAGAAGUGCAUCCUCAUCAUCGAGCGGCAGCGCGUCAUGGCGGCACAGGUGGCGCUCCGCAGGCAGCAGGCCAACGAGAGUCUGGAGAGCCUCAUCCCGGAGUCCCUCCGAGUGCUGCCCGGCAUCGGCAUGGCCGGAGCCGGCGAGGGGAACCAGGGAGCCCCGCCGAGGACGGAAGAGCUGGAGCUGAGGUGGAGCAGCACGGAGCCGGUGCAGGCCGAAGCACAAACAUGCACAGAGCCGACAGAGGACGGUCCUGAUGAGGGGUCCGGGGGUGAAAACGGGGGGAGCUCCAGUGAGAAGGAGCAGGACCCGGUCAGCUCCCCUGAAGGCUCCAAACCAAACUCCUGCUACACCCCGGAGCCCCCAGAGACCCCCUCCCAUCCGGAGGACAGUCGCUACAGCCUCCCUAAAGCCGGCAGCGCAGAGAAGGAGGCCAAAGCAGAGAGUCCGCACAAGUAUCCGGUCAGCUCCGGAGAGCAGGGCGUGCUGAUCGAAGGCCUCGCCGGCUCCAUCAACCUGCCCUUCAGCCUCCGAUCCAACCGGCCGCCGCUCGAGGUUCUCAAGAAGAUCUUCCCCGCUCACAAGCCUCCUGUCCUGGACCUCAUCCUCCGAGGCUGCGGGGGGGAUCUGGUGGGGGCCAUCGAGGUACUGCUGUCCAGCCGGAGCCCUGACGGGAGCGCGCACCCGCACGCCGACCCGCACCAGGACACCCUAUUGCUGCCUUCAAACGGACACCUGUUCGAGCACACGCUGGGCUCCUACCACCCGGUGUCCUCCUCCUCCAAGUGGUCGGUGGGCUCUGCUUUCCGGGUCCCCGAGUCCCUCCGGUUCACAUCCGACUCCGCUUCGGGCGUGGUGUCCACCGGUCCGCUGGGCGUCCCCCUGCAGCACCCGUCUUUCCCGCAGCCCACGCGCUACCCGCUCAUGCUGCGCAACUCUCUGACUCGCAGCCAGGCCAGCCCCUUCAUGCACAACGACGUGACUCUGUGGAAUACCAUGGCUCUGCAGCAGCAGUACCAGCUCCGCUCGGCGGCCCAGUACGUGUCGCCGUUCUCUCCCGCAGCCCCAACCGGCCCCGGGGGCUCCGUGUUCCGCAGCUCCCCCAUCCUCCCCUCCAGAGCUUCCGAGGAGCAGCGCAUCAGCAUCCAGGAGGAGAGCUGCACGCUGGGAUCCAAACCCGGCCUCUACUCCCCCGAUGAGGAGUACGAAGAACGCUCCGACUCCGCAGACUCCCGCAUCCUGAACUCAUCCACCUAAAGUAGCUGCUGAUGGACUACAAUAUAGCAGGAGACACCAAAAUGUAUUAUUGUGAAUGGACAUCCAGUGUGUGUAGCCAAAAAGGGUCUUUUUUCUUUCUUGUUUGAAUUGAACUUUGUCAAGCAAUCACCCUUUGAUAAGGUGAUGUUAACCCUCUAACAUCCACUCAUGCUUUCAAGAUGUCAAGUGGACACGACCAAAAACGGAUGAAUGUAACAGACUCACUUUUUUUUUGUUGAAAAUCUCUUAUCUAUUUCCUGCAAGCAUGUUUAGUACUGUGAACAGUUUCGAUGUUAAGGAUCAGCAAUGCAUGUGAAGAGUAUGCCAAAUAAAUCUGAGUUUUCCAAAUGGA